AAUGUGACUUGUACUCAUCUUUUGUGAGUGGUAUAUAUUGAAUAUUAACAAUUUUUAUAUAGUGUGUGUUCUUACCAAGCACGCUGAGGCCCCGGUGGCUCCUGGGAAGUGUAUUUGUCUGGGGGUGCGGCCCUUCUGUCUCUGGCCUGGCCGCCUGUGGCUCUCUGGGAGUUGUAGUCUUCCCACGCGCGCUGAGGCCCCGGUGGCUCCUGGGAAGUGUAGUUGCCUGGCAGCCCGGCCCCUCUGUCUCUGGCCUGGCCGCCUGGGGCUCUCUGGGAGUUGUAGUCUUCUUCCCACGCGCGCUGAGGCCCCGGUGGCUCCUGGGAAGUGCAGCUGUCUGGGGCCCGCGGCCUGCUCCAGGCGGGUCCCUGAGGCUCCGGAAGGUACCGUUUGCGCGUCGCUGGAGCGGGGAUUCUGGAUGCAGAGCCGAGAGCGCGGAGCUCUCCCGGUUCCCCGUCCUGUUCUCCUCGCUGCCCGCUGUGAGCCAUGUCUCAGGGCUCAGUGACAUUCAGAGAUGUGGCCAUAGACUUCUCCCGGGAGGAGUGGGAGUGGCUUCAGCCUGCUCAGAGAGAUCUGUACAGACAUGUGAUGUUGGAGAACUACGGCCACCUGGUCUCACUGGCAGGUCUUAUCAUUUCUAAGCCAGAUGUGGUCUCCUUGUUAGAGCAAAGAAAAGAGCCCUGGCUGCGGAGAGGAGAUGUGAAAAGAGACCGGUUUUCAGUUUUGGAAUCAAAUGGUAAGAUCAGAGAAUUUUCUCCCCAAAAUGUCACACAUGAAGAUGACUCACCCCAGUAUUUGAUAAAGGAGAGAAUUCUGAUCCAAGACCCUGAACGUUCCAGUUGUAAAGGAAGCUGGAAAUGUGAGGAUGUUACUGAGAUGCUGCAGAGAAAUCAAGCAUGUGUCAGGCAGGUGACAGUGUCUCAGGAAACCCUGUCUCAACACAGCAUCAGCUCCGUGGAGAGGCCCUAUGGAUGCCGGGAAUGUGGGAAAACAUUCAGUCGGCGUUUUUCCCUCGUGUUACAUCAGAGAACUCACACUGGAGAGAAACCCUACGUAUGUAAGGAAUGUGGCAAGACCUUCAGCCAGAUCUCGAACCUUGUGAAACAUCAGAUGACACAUACCGGAAAGAAACCCCACGAGUGUAAGGACUGUAGUAAAACGUUCAGUUACCUUUCGUUCCUCAUUGAACACCAGAGAACACACACCGGAGAGAAACCCUACAAGUGUCCCGAAUGCGGAAAGGACUUUGGCCGUGCCUCCAACCUCACCCGACAUCAGAGAAUCCACAUCGGGAAGAAACAGUAUGUAUGCAGGAGAUGUGGGAAAGCCUUCAGCAGUGGCUCUGAGCUCAUCCACCACCAGAUCACGCACAUUGGGGAGAAGCCGUAUGAGUGCAUGGAGUGUGGGAAGGCCUUUCGCCGAUCUUCACACCUCACGCGCCAUCAGAGCACGCACACCACCAAAACCCCCUACGAAUGCGAUGAAUGUCGGAGGUCCUUCCGUUGCCACUCAUUUCUCAAGAAGCAUCAGAGAAUUCACACUGGAGAGAAGCUGCAUGAGUGUGAUGAGUGUGGCAAAGUUUUCAGAUGGCACGCAUCCCUCGUACAACACAGGAAAAUCCACAGUGGAGAAAAGCCCUACGUAUGCCCUGAGUGUGACAGAGCCUUCAGUCGGAGCUUCUACCUCAUCCUGCAUCAGAUCACUCACACUGGGGAGAAACCCUAUGUGUGUAAGGUGUGCAGUAAGUCCUUCAGCUGGAGCUCAAACCUUGCCAGACAUCAGAGAACACACUCUCUAGUGAGACCCCUAUGAAUAUGAAAACGUGUUUAAUCACCACCAAUUCCUUACGGAAUACCAGGGGUUCACACUGUAGAGAAAACCUGAGAAUGGACAGGUAACACCAGUUAGCAGCGAAUGGCUUCCUCUGACUUCAGAGCCUUAUGUGAACGUGCUGAACUGUGAAGGAAUGUAGUCCACACUUGUUCAGCACCUUGGAGGAAGACGCCAGGAAAGUGGGAAAGCCAUUCAAGCUGCUCACUCUUGACGCGAUGCCAGAUGAGGGCAUUCGUGUUGAGAAGACCCUUCACCUGGAAGGAGUCCUUACUCCAUGUGUGUGAACUGCUUCCAGGACAGGGAUACAUGUCCCAUACAUGUGAGAAAGCUGCUAAUUAGAUAUCAGCCCUCCCUCUGCGUCUGCCAUCUGAAGGAGGAGGGAACGCACAGGGAGGGGCACUCCUUUCUGGACAGAAAAUUCAGGGUGAAGCAAAGUCUACAAACAGUGAUUUGGGAAUGCCUUCGUGUGCCACACGGUAUUUAUUGGAUUUUAGAAUAUUCUUCUAAGGAGAAAAACCCUGUAAAUGAGCUGGAUAUAGGUUGACUUUCCAUAAACUUUAAACCUCUAGAAUCAUUCGGGGAAACAGUACCAUUGUAAUGUGUGUGGGGAAGUCUUAGAGUUCCCACAAGUCAUACUGGGGGAAUCAGUGUGGGAGUUAUUUUUUAGCGGGGAAUGUUUGCUUUGGCCUUUAUUUUGAAAAGCAAACUCAGAAAAGAACACUAUGAAUAAAUCUUUUGAUUGAGAAUAAA